CUCUUGGUCUCCAGCACGCUUUUGUCUCUGAUCUCUCCAGUAGACGGAGAGACCGUCGUCUGUCUGCGCGUCUCUCCUGAGCCCGUUCCUCCGUGGAUGUACCCGGUGCUUGUCAUUGCAUUAUCGUCGGAAACUGUUCGAGAGCAAUUACAGCUUCAUCUGUGGAGUUCAGUUCAUUUCAUGUGACUGAAGUUCGAGGAGAAUCGGAUCGGAUCGGCUCUUUCUCCGACAGAGGCACCGGAGAAUCCGCUCUUUUGGUUCGGUUCGGUUCGGUUCAGCUGAUCUUCAUCCGUUCAUCUGGUGUGGACUCAUACUCUGAGCUCUGACAACUUGAACAACUCCAGGAUGGUGUGUGUCUGCGCUGCCGGGCUGAGGGUUCUUGCGGUUCUGCUUGUGUUCUCCACAGAAUGCGCUGUGACUCGAGCCGAAUCUCUGGUGACGGUCCGGAGAGUGACCCAUCCUCCGCUGCGGCGACCUUUAGCCGAAUCCGCCCUCCUCCCGUGUGUGUUCACCCUUCCGUCCGUCCUGGUCCCGGGACACGGCCCGUUCAUCCACUGGACCCACGGCUCCGGAGCGCAGGAGAGGACGGUGCUCUCGGCUCGGGACGGGGUGGUCAGGGUGCACCAGGCGUACAUGGGUCGGGUCAGUCUGCCCGGAUGCUCUGCUGACCCUCUCAACGCGUCUCUGGCGCUUUCCCAGCUCCGCUCCAAUGAUUCCGGCACUUUCCGAUGCAUCCUCGCCCUCGGGGAACAUUAUGAGCAGGAUACGGUCAACCUGGAGGUCACAGGUGUGGUGUUUCACUACCGUUCUCCCGCGGCCCGUUACUCGCUGUCGUUCGCUGAGGCCAUCCGCGCGUGUGAGGAGAGUUCGGCAGAGGUCGCGACCCCUGAGCAGCUGUGGGCGGGGUUUCACUCCAGUAUGAACAGCUGUGCGGCCGGAUGGCUCAGAGACCAGAGCGUCAGGUAUCCUGUACAGAGACCCGAGCUCGGAUGCUUUGGACACGCAGAGUUUUCUCAAGGGGUGAGGAAUUAUGGGAAACGGGACCCUCUGGAAUUGUUUGACGUUUACUGUUUUGCCAGUGACAUGCAAGGGGAAGUGUUUCCUGUCUCUGUUCCUGAGCGACUGACUCACGAUGAAGCCUCGAAUCGCUGUGUGUCUCUGGGAGGCCGUCUGGCGACCGUGGGUCAGCUCUAUCUGUCCUGGAGGUCAGGGCUGGACCACUGUGAGCCGGCCUGGGUGUCUGACGGGAGCGUGAGGUUCUCCGUCAGCUCGCUGCGCUCCGACUGUCCCGCUGGAGAACCAGGCGUCCGAACCGUUCCACCGACAGAACUGAACAACGGGAGCAUGCGCUUCGAUGCUUUCUGCUAUCGAGACACACAGACUUCCGGCCAGACGGACCGGCCUGACCUUCGACCCUCUAACUGGACCGGACAGCUGGAUCUGGACAAAGAGCCGUUGUUGACCUCUGAACCCGCCGAGCUCUCGGCCGAGUAUCUGACGGUCCGUCUGCGCGCCGGAGACACGUCUCUGGACUGGAGCGGUCAGCUGGACUCGUUCCCAAACAGACCACAGGUGCUUCCUGAUCUGAGUCCGGGCGGCUCGGCCCGAGAGGAAGAGGACGAGGAUGAAGGUCUGUCCGGUCAGUCUGUGACUCCUCGAGGAAAGAGUUCCCUCACCAACAUCGGCAGCUCGUUCUGGAAACCCUGGAGCUACUUGACAGGAAGUGAAGCCGAGGCCACGCCCCCGAGCCUGACUGACGACAGAACCACUUCCAGAUCAGAGUGGAGCCUCUCGUGGCUGUCUGGUCCUUCAGCCGUCGCUGAUAAAAUAAUCACCUCAUUUCCAUCCACGAGUUCAGUCGUAACGACGACAGUCUCAUCAAACCCCACCAGAGACGGACCGGGCGACAUUCAGACCAGUCGACCUGCUCCGGACGCUCCGGAUUGGGUCGUGGUGACCGAAACACCCGAGCAGAAACCCAAAACCCCAGAACCCGAAGUCUCCGUCUCGACCGAGAACUACUCCCGAGAGAGUCGAGUCCCGGAGACGGAGGGCAGCUCAUGGGGCGACACGUCCCCGUCUUCCCAAACGCCGCUGACGAUCAUCACCCAGAGCACGACGUCGUCUGCCACCGGAGACACUGAGACGACCCUCUCGACGUCUGCAGCCGAGUCUCAGACAUCAAGCCUCGUCUCGACGGUUCCCAUCAGCGUAGAGCAGGAGCUGAGCCUCACCGAGACCGACGGGAAGAACAGCUCCGCUGGAGAAGACGCGGACGACAGAUGCAGCUGUCUGCACGGAGGGACGUGUCUUCCUCACGGAGAGGGUUUCCGCUGCUUCUGUCCGCAGGGUUACGCAGGAGAGAGCUGUGAAAUCGAUGUGGAUGAGUGUCAGUCGAGCCCCUGUGAGAACGGCGGCACCUGUAUCGAUAAAGAGGACUCGUAUGUGUGUCUCUGUUUGCCGAGUUACAGCGGAGACCGAUGUGAGAGAGACACAGAGGACUGUGAACACGGCUGGAAGAAGUUUCACGGUCACUGCUAUCGUCUGUUUCCUGGCAGACACACCUGGGAGGACGCAGAGAAAGACUGCAGGGAGCACAGCAGUCACCUGACCAGCAUCACUUCCUCCAUGGAGCAGGACUUCCUCAACGGUCUGGGUCAUGAGAACGUCUGGAUCGGUUUGAAUGAUCGUACAGUGGAAGAGGACUUCCAGUGGACUGAUGGGAUAGAUGUUGUGUAUGAGAACUGGCGUGAGCAUCAGCCGGAUAACUUCUUCGCAGGCGGAGAGGAUUGUGUGGUGAUGGUCACCAGAGAGGACGGGAAAUGGAACGACGUUCCCUGCAACUACAACCUACUCUACGUCUGCAAGAAAGGAACCGUGAUGUGUGGCACUCCGCCGGCCGUGGAUAACACCUAUCUAGUGGGCCGCAGACGCUCACACUACGACAUCCACGCGGUGGUUCAGUACCAGUGCGUCGACGGCUUCUUUCAGAGACACAUCCCGACUGUCCGCUGCCGACCCGACGGGACCUGGGAAAGACCCAAGAUCAUCUGCACUAAAUCGCGGAGAUCUCACCGUUAUCGUCGGCAACAUCACAGAUCUCGGCGCGAGCAUCGACGACACCGGAGACACGGAUCUGGGCACAGGGGGCGGGACUAAGCCACAGAGGGCGGAGCUUAAAAGCAGGGGGCGUGACCUCUGUCCCCGUGACCUGUGUUCCCGUGAAUCCAUGAGGAAUCACUACCAAUGGAAAGGACAGAAAUAAUAGUUCUUUUUUACCGCUGUUAAUUAGGUUUCAUUAACCCUCUAUUCACAUGCUCUUCAUCAGAGGAAUGUUUUUAAUUGGUUAUUGGUAGCUCAUGCUCAUAUUUGUUCAGCUUUAGAUUUUUUGGGAUGUGAUGCUUUAAUGAAAUACUGAACAUCCAAUCAUUCAUAUUCAUGAAACGAGAUGCUCUUCAUGCCUUUGAAUGGCACAGUAAUUAUUUGUACCCCUUGAGACUUUUCUAUACUUUUUAUUUUGAGCGUUUGGUGAAGAUUUGGUUUAUAUUGCAAAUCAUGAACUAUUGUGACGUGUUUGAUUAGAAUCACAGUGAAACCUCUUAUGGUCAUAAAUGAGUGUAUUUCAAUGAAGAAAAGCUUCAUGUUUCACACCGAAAAUGAAAGAAAAAAAAUGUUAAAUUAUUUGUUCCAUAAAGAAAAUGAAGCCUGUUUUUAAAAGCAUUAAGUUUUUUGUAUUGUGACAAUUAAAGCAUCCUCAAAUUAAGUAUCAAAAUGUUAAAUAUCAUAAUAAAUAAAUAAAAAUAAUUGUGAUAGAGAAUUAAAAAAUCAACCUGUCCAGAAAAAUGUAUUAAUUAAAAUGAGAAAUUCAGCAUAAAUUAAAUAAAUGCCACCAUGAAAUAUACUUCAAAUAGUAAAAUAAUUUAAUUAAUUGUCACAAUUAAAAAGAAAUUUAUGCCAGUGUUAUUUUAGUGUCACUGAGAUUCAAUUAUAUUUUUAUUAAUAUUUCGCAUCAGUUUAAAUGUUUCCAUUUUCAAUUUAAUUUUAGUAAAAGUUUUAGUAAUUUUUUGUGUCAUUUUAGUAGUGUUUGUUUUUAUAUGUCUAUAUAGUUUUUAUUAUUUUAGUUUUUUCAGUGCAUCAAGUUAAUCUAAAUUAAAAUUAUAAAUGUUGCCUUAGCAACUAGCUGAAAUAAAAAUGUAUUUAAUUUAAGCAAUGUAAAUACUUCAAUGGUUUUAAUUUUAGUUUUAGUUUAGCGAUAAUAACCCUGCAUUAUGCAAAAUGUAAAAUCUUAUUUUAUAAUUUUUUUUUUUAUUUGGGGUGAACUGAAACAUUGCAUUGUAAUCAGAUCUCACACAAAUUGUUAUGAAGCAUCUGAAAGAUCUGGAAUUGAGAUGAUUGACAGGUGCUCGUCAAACUAUCACCGCUGUGUUCAGCGUGAAUCCGAAUGAAUCGUUUCUGUUGACUUGAAUCUGACUCGACCUGAAAGAGAAAACGGAGCCUAGGAAAAAGUUUAUGCAUGAGCACAUAUUUUAAUUGCAUUGUGACACAUUUUAAUUAAAAUACUUGAGUGAGUGUUCACAGACUUCAUCAGAUACGUAAUCUGCUUGAUAACAUGUCAACAUGUGUCUCGGUGUCCUUCCUGUGUGUGUGUGUGUGUUAUUUGAGACAACUGCAUGCGAUUCUGUGUGUGUUUAUUGUUUGGUGUUUAACACACAAAAGUGCUUCCGAAUAUCUCACUUCUGAGGUUCACUCUCAGUUAGGAUGCUGUCUAUGUAGGGAGCAUAGGUUUGGAGCAGAUGUGUUUUUGUGUGUCUUUUCUUCUCAGUAUUGUAUGUUUGCUCUGUGUUUAUUUAUAACAUGUAUUCUUUAGUGAACAUGAUGAACGAUUAAUCCAUCAACUCACUCUUCUCUUUACUCUUCUGUAAAUAAAUCGUCUUCACUCAUUCAUUCCUUCAUAACAAACUUUGUUUACUUGGUUUUAGUGACAACACUGAUGAUUGUUCUUAACUCCGUUUUUUAUUCUGAUAUCUGAACACAUUUAAUCAGCCUCUUCAGUAUUAUAAUUAGCAGAAGUGUUAUAGAAAUGUGUUUCACACACUAACUUGAGCAUAUGUUUGGAUCUUUUUAUUAAAUCCUCAUUAAAAGAUGACUCAAACUUUGAUGUUUUUAUGGCUUCACUUCUCGUUUGUUGAUGUGUUUUUGUUCUUUAUUAAACCCGAAACAAACCAACAAUAAAUCUGAUUGGAUCAAAA